UUGGGAAUGACAACGGAAAAUAUAUUCAUUAAGCAAACAACCUCCUCUAAGAUGCCAGCGAACCGUAGUGAUUCGUAUUUGAGCACACCUGAACUCUACAUUAGCGAUUUGCCCAUCAGUGUUGGCGACGAAGAACUAAAGAAAACAUUGAAGGAUGUCGAUCCUAUUGAGGUUACUAUUCAUCGUCAACCUGGAAAUAUCAAUAUACCUUUAAAUGGCGUCAUUCGUUUUUCGUCGAUAGAAAAUGCUGAAAAGGCAUUCGCAAUCUAUAACAACAUCAUGUUGGAAGCUUAUAAGACUUAUUUAAGAUUACAAAUUACUGAUCCAACCAAUCACUCCAGCAAUGAACCGCAGUCGAACGCGUACAUCUUGCAAGUGGAUCAAUUGCCUGUUACCACCACAAACCUAAUUCUUUUCGACCUCUUCAGACCAUUCGGACCCUUGUUCUCCACAAGGAUGCAGUAUCAGGAUAAGAAGAAUAAAGGGAAUGGGAAUGGGAAUGCCCUUGUUCAAUUUUUUAGGCAAGAAGAUGCAGAUCGAGCCAUUAUGACAAUGAAUUGUCAACCGAUCGAGGGAAAGAAUAUCACAGUGACAAAAUUUAUUGGAAGACAGAAAUCUACCUCUCGCACAAACAUGCCUAAUCUUAAUAUGACCACUAUUGUAGGUUCGUUCUCUCCACCGGCAAAUAAGUUUAACAUGCAAACACCUUCAUCCCCGGGUCCAGAAGGUCCGAAUGUUGACCCAUGCAAUUUAUUUAUCAAGAAUCUUGACGCCAAUAUUUCCAGUAGUGAUCUUUUCAAUCAUUUUCGUCGAUAUGGUCGGAUCAUUAGUGCUCGUGUCAUGAGAGAUCAGGAAACCGGUAAUUCAAAGGGCUUCGGCUUUGUCAGUUAUACUUCAGCCGAUGAAGCAGACAGAGCCAAGGCAUCCAUGCAUGGAAAGACCUUGGGAAAUAAACAAAUUGUUGUCAGGCUUCACGAACCCAAGAAAUUACGUGAAGCCAAGUUGGCAAAUCAUUAUAACAGUAGUCCCGCAUCUCCCUCUGAGAGCCGGGUCCCUUCUAGGCGUAAUUCGGAAUUACUCAUUAUAAAUACCGUUAAUGAAUUUGGACGUGAAGAUCUCGCCGGGUUGGCACCGAAGGCUCGCAGAGAAGUUUUAAUGUCGGAACUACAGAAAAGAUUUAAAUCUAUUCCUAGCAUACCUCAGGAGGAGGUCAAUCCAAUCAUCGAUCACUUGCUAAAUAUGAAGACCGAUGAUGUAUUGCACAUCCUCAAGGAUGCAAGUUCCUUGCAACAAAAG